AAUUUGUUUUACUGCUCAGUUGCCCCCUAUUUGCUAGUUUGUCUUUUAUGCAGUGGUGGCUAACUUUCCCCCGAUCUCUAGAAGUCAAGCAUCCACAUACUGUAGUGUGCACCCUGAAUGCUGCGUCCAUAAUGCUCCCUGAUCCUGCGCUGGCUGUGACUGUUCUUCCCCUGCAGGCUGUAGCCCCAGAUAUAGUGCACAGAGCAGCACAGCAGCGCAGGCAGUCAGUCAGAGCUCAGUCCCAGGCAGCAGGGGCAGCCUAUUGCUACUCAGCAACCUAUUGCAUUCCGGCUGCAACCCCCACCCUCCAAAAAAACCCACUCACACUUGGACUGAUGGCAAGUGAUCUAUCUGCAGCAUAAUCCUGCCUUCCAACAACUGUGUGAUCGCUUCCCUGCUGGAUUAACUUCGUGCUACCAGCUUUCAUCCUCUUUUCAUUCAAUUUUUUAAUUUUUGCCUCUUUUUUCCCCCUCAGACACCUGUCCACUUCUCAGUCUCACCCCCCAUCCCUGUCUAGAAGUGUAACCUUGUCUCGUGGUCAUGGGGUGUAUAAUUUCCUUUUUACCCAGGCUGGUGAGAGCUCUCCAGGUUUUGUAAAGUGGAUGUCAGAUUUUGGAUUUAUGUUCCUGAAGGAAUAGUCGCCCGAGCAGGAUAACCCCGAGUAACUUUCAUCAGGGAGGAUGCAGGCUGUGUAUUGUAUCUCUGCGCUCCUGCUCCAUUCUACGCUGCACCUGGUGAUAUGUGCAAAUGUAACAGGUGGUGGGAAGCUUGGAAGUUUAAAAUCAGGAGCCUCCAUAUCAACACUUAAGCAUAUAUGGACAGAAAGUAACAAAGACUUGUCGAUCAGUCGUCUCCUAUCACAGACUUUUCAUGGCAAAGAAAACCAAACCUCCUUGGAUAUGAGAUAUGAUACACCAGAACCUUAUACGGAGCAAGAACUCUGGGAAUGGCUGAGGAACUCAACAGAUCUGCAAGGGCCUCGUUCCAGGGCCAAAAGACGGCCCAUCGUUAAAACAGGAAAGUUUAAGAAAAUGUUUGGCUGGGGGGAUUUCCAUUCCAACAUCAAAACCGUAAAGUUAAAUUUGUUGAUAACAGGGAAAAUCGUGGAUCAUGGCAAUGGAACCUUCAGUGUUUAUUUUCGGCACAAUUCUACUGGCCAAGGAAAUGUUUCGGUGAGCUUGGUUCCACCAACCAAAAUUGUGGAAUUUGACUUGGCACAGCAAUCAGUGAUUGAUUCUAAAGAUUCUAAGUCCUUCAAUUGCCGUAUCGAAUAUGAAAAGGUUGACAAGGCAACCAAGAACACUCUUUGCAACUAUGACCCUUCAAAAACAUGCUACCAGGAGCAGACCCAAAGUCAUGUAUCUUGGUUAUGCUCUAAGCCCUUCAAGGUGAUCUGUAUUUAUAUAUCCUUUUAUAGUACAGAUUAUAAACUAGUACAAAAGGUGUGUCCUGAUUACAACUACCACAGUGACACGCCCUACUUCCCUUCUGGUUGAUGAUAACAUGUAUGCAAGACUUACCUCUAAGGCAUAAAAGGUGACUGGGCUGGAACCUCAUCCAAGAAAGUUCCAUCAAUUGCCAGGAAUGUGUCAACACUACAAAUGAUUUAACUCUACAUAAAACUUUUAUAUUGGAAAAUUUAUCAGAUGCAAUUUACUUGCCCCAAAUCCCUCUAUAUUCCAUUUACUAGCUGUAAGUCGCUGUGGACAUAAAACAAACACACAUUGUAAGUGAUCGUUUAUCAAUCUCUUUGUUAGAACAGCUUUCAUUGUCUAAUAAUACAUGAUGUUUCAUGACAAUUUCACAUGGAACCAAAAGGAUUAGCCAUACUUAAAUCUUUAAUAAUGCUCUCUAGUAUGGAAAAGAAACCCUGUUAGAACUACAAUCCCAUAAUUGUAUUGUCUAUACAAAUUUCUGGAGAUGCGGUAAGCGUAAAUAAAAUAUAAUUGCAAAGUACAGUAUACCUACAAAAAAAAAAACAGUUAGUUGUGUAAUAUUGGGGUAAAACGUCAAGGUCAUCAUCAUCAUCAUCAACUCUACAAAUACACCACUACAUAAAGGCAAAUGGUGUCAAUUGGAGCCGGUCACAAAUAAAGAUGGAAACCCAUUUAAAUUGUACAUGUUAGAAUAUGUCAUGCCGGAACAAUUCGUAUUUCUCAGACAAUUCUGGAGUUUCAGGAGACAGUAUGAUAUAAGUAUACUGUUUAACACAGCAAACAAAAUCCUGACUAAUAUCAUGUAAGUUCUAAAUGGCUGAAAUCUUUAUUACGGUAUAUUGUAUACUUCAAUAACCUAGUCUACAUUUGUAUGAAUGGUUUGUAUUGUAUAUAGUUUAACCAGUGUUACUUGAGCAGCUUAUUAAUAUAACUAGUAAAUGUCUCUGCUUGUUAUUGGUUAAAUACAAUCAAAGGACACAAGGAUUCCAUGUUUAUCGACUUAGCUGUAAACUUCAUUAAUAAAAAAAGGAAGUAAUUAUGUACAAAGCAUUUAUUCCGCUAAGUAUCGUUGAAAGCUAGACAUAUACAGCAUUGAAAUCUGUAUGCAUUCAGAUAUUUUAUUUCUGGACAAAAAAAGGUGAAUUGUAUAUAAAAUAAAAUACAUAAAGUUGAAUUUAAAUAUUUACCAGUGGUUGUUUUAAUGAAAUGAUGUAAUAGUUUCAGCACAUUAUUGAGAAGAAGCACAUUUGUUUUAGAGAAUUCAAUUUCAUUGUUAAUGUAUAAUAAUCAAAUUUAGAUGUAUCCAAAGUUUAUUGUGAGCAUGAUGAAAGUACAGUACUAUAGGAGCAUUUUCAAAGAAGUAACAAAAAUGUUUUGUUGUUUCUUCCAAGUUGCAAUUUGGCAUUUGUUAUCCGUGUCGAAAACAUUAUCAGGAGUUAUUUAUAACCAAAGAAGGAAUGUACUCUAAAUUCGGGACCAUUACCCCUGGUGCCUUCCAGCCGUCAUAUCAAGUACAGAAGUGAUGACGAUGCACUCAUGGAGAUUUUGCAAAUAAAAUGUUUUUUUUACUGCAAUAUCAUCAGUGUUUCCACGACUAUAGCCACGACAGCAAUAGUUUUAUAUAUAUAUAUAUAUAUAUAUAUAUAUAUAUAUAUUUAUUUC